AUGGCAACCGCAUUGCUCUCACACCCAUACACCAGCCAGACGAGCUCACACUACGGCUACACCAGCCAACAACCACAAGGACCGCCAUCGCCCCCCAUGGAAGACUUUACAAAGUGCUCGCUGCCGUCCAUCUCCAAUCUGCUGGACCUAGCCGACCAGGGCUCACCCACAUCCGAGACCGCGCCGCCGCUGCAGCAGAGCAACGAGUAUGCCUUUAGCUCACAACCCUCCCGGCCCAACACCCGGCCCAGCUCAGCACACUACUCCAGCAGCAACAGCAACAGCCUCAACAACUUGCGGAAUGGCGUCCUGCCGCCGACGCCGCCCAUGACGUCCGAAGCUUCGUUCGGUGGCUACGACUCGCCGUCCGUGAAGUCGGCCAACCAGCUGCCUGCCGGUGCCAGCAACUACUACUUUGAGUCAACACCGCCGCCACAGCAGCAGCAGCAACAGCAGCAGCAGCACCACUACAGCAGCGCCAGCAUCAGCAGCAGCCACAGCAGCAGCAGUCACGACCCGACGCCAGAUCACUACAGCCAUCACCAACGGCACGCGUCCCACACGCCGAGCAGCUCCCAUCGCCCCAUCCCGCAACACCGCAGCCUGCCGAUGGUGCAGACAUCCUCCUCUUCGUCCUACGGCAGCAGCGCGUCCAUGGCAGCAGCAGGCGCCACUCCGCAGUCAUACAUCAGCCAGCCGGCAUCCAUGGCGCCAUACUACUCAGCCCCAGUGCAGCAGCCGCAGGUCUCGGGUCUCUACUACCAGCGGGCCCUUCCUCAGGCUUUCCCUCCGAUGUCCGUGGUCCAGCCGUCUCCGUGGCAGCACCACCACUACAUCUCGCCGGCAGCCGCAGCUGCAUUCCCACAGUCGCAGGACCGGUACAUCUGCCCGACGUGCAACAAGGCGUUCUCGCGACCCAGCUCGCUGCGGAUCCACAGCCACUCGCACACGGGCGAGAAGCCGUUCAAGUGUCCCCAUGUCGGCUGUGGCAAGGCCUUCAGCGUGCGCAGCAACAUGAAGCGCCACGAGCGGGGAUGCCACAACUACGACAGCGGCAUUUAG